CACUAUCUUUAUCUUUUAGAACCCAUGACCCCAGUUGAUUACCUUGAUCUUGGGGAUAAUUGGUAGAUUCCAGAGAUGGGAAAGCUGAAGGCUUUAGGAAAAUGGGGAAGGGUUCAAAAGACUAUCUUUAUAUUGGCUGCCUGUGCUCUUCUUGUCUCCAUUGCCACUCUCUCCAAAUUCUCCACUGUUAGAUCUUUUAUUGUUUCAGAUUCCUUCUGUAAUAAUCACCCAAACCAUGAGACCCUUCCAAUCAGAACCCAAAUUCAAGUCAGAACGACUCUUCAAAAUGUUAUCCUCAAAAUCCAGCGAGAGAUGAAGGAAUUGAAGAAUUCACCGGAGGAAUCACUGUCCUCAACCCUGUUGCGGAACUCUUCUUUCCUUGGUGACAUUCUCGGGCUUCUCGAGUCGGCGCAGGUUUCUUUAACAUCAAAUGAAGGGAAUGAUCUUCAACAGAGGAAUGAAACAGGAUCGGCAAUCCAUCCCCUGUUAAAACCGGAGAAACAGAAUUCCGAUCCGGCCGAGUACUUUUUCAUUGAAGAGAUUCGGAAGUAUGUUAGAGUCAAGCCAAACAGGUUAGGAAAACAGAACUUCAUGGGAGCCAACGGGACAUUCACCAGCAUUGGCCAUGCUUGUUUUGCCAUGAAGUCGGAGCUCGAAGAGUAUAUGGAAUAUGACGUCGGUGAAAUGUGCAACGACGACUGGAAACUGGGUCAGAAGCUAAUGGUGCACGGUUGCGAUCCGUUACCUAGACGGCGGUGCUUCGCCAGAGCCCCGCGGCUGUACAUGAAGCCCUAUAGCAUCAAUGAGUCCCUGUGGAAGCUUCCCGACGACCGCAAUGUGCGGUGGAGCGGAUACAAAUGCAAGAACUUCGCUUGUCUGGCGGGGAACGCCACCGGAAAAGGUUUCUUCAAAUGCGCCGAUUGCUUCAAUCUUUCAGAUCACGAAUUGCCCCGAUGGAUCAAGCAAGGGAAUCUGGACCCAGAAACAAACCAAACAGCGGAUUUUCUUAUCCCUGACGUGCUGGAAAUCAAGCCAGGGGAAAUCAGAAUUGGGUUGGAUUUCAGCGUCGGAACAGGAACGUUCGCAGCCAGGAUGAGGGAAUUCAACGUGACAGUAGUAUCGGCGACGAUCAAUCUCGGGGCUCCGUUCAAUGAGAUGACAGCUCUCCGAGGACUAAUUCCUUUGUACAUAAGCAUAAACCAGAGGCUGCCGUUCUUCGACAACACCCUGGAUUUGAUUCACACGACGAGAUUUCUAGACGGAUGGAUUGAUUUUGUGCUGCUGGAUUUCAUACUGUAUGAUUGGGACAGAGUUCUGAGGCCAGGUGGACUGCUUUGGGUCGAUAGCUUCUUCUGCUUGAAGGAGGACUUGAAUGAUUAUUUGGAAAUCUUCAAGGAGCUGAGGUAUAGGAAGCAUAAAUGGGUGGUUGUUCCAAAGAAAGACAAAGAUGAAAGGGAAGUAUUCUUUUCUGCAGUUUUGGAGAAACCACCAAGGCCAUUUUGAUGCUCAAUUUGUUCUUUAGUGGAAUAGUAAAAUUGCAAUUGAAUG